UCAGGGUAAUAGGUACCCAUUGUAGAUACAUCACCAGACUGUGAGUUUCAGCAUUCUUUUCUUGGCAAAAAUAUAUCCUGCAUCUCUGGGCCCACUAGGUCUCUAUUGUGUUCUGUGACUAUGUCAGCAAAUCUCCAAUGCACUUUUGUACAGGCUGAACAUCCUCUCCUUUGAGGAUGAGACUAGUACCCAUUCUAGUGCCUGCUUGAGUAAACUCCAUGAAGUUUAAGAAUGCCCCGUUCCAACAAAAACCGAAAAGAUCCAAAAUCUCCUCAUUUUGUAGUAUUUAACUUCCUUGAUUUACUGAUCCCCUGGUCAUUUCUAUCGCCACACGCUCUUUGAAAUAAUUGGUCAUAUUUGUGUGUAGUUGUACAUGCCUGUAUUUCUAGUAGUUGGGAUGCUGCAUGAGGGAUUGAGUUCAGGGCCAGCUUGGGCUACACAGGGGGUACCAGGCCCCCUCAGAUCCUGCACUUGUUUGAUUAGAGUUACCCCAAGAUAUGUUAUUUGUGGCUAUUGUGAAGGGUGAUGUUUCUCUGAUUUCUUUCUCAGCACGCUUAUCAUCUAUAUAUAAGAGGGCUACUGAUUUUUAAAAAUUAAUCUUGUAUCCUGCUAUAAGAAUUUUCUUCAAUGAGGAGAGAGCUACACUUAUCCAUGAAUAUAGGGGAGCUGCUGUCAUUCGAGGACGUGUCCAUUGACUUCUCCCCAGAGGAGCGGGAAUGCCUAGACCCUGCUCGGUGGAAUUUGUAUAGGGAUGUGAUGUUGGAGAAUUACAGGAACCUUGUCUCCCUGGGUCUAGCUGUGUGUAAGCCUUACCUGGUCUCAUUGCUGGAGCAGAGACAGGCGCCUUGGAGUGUGAAGACACAAGAGUCAGGAACCAUGUGCCCAGAAAAUCUGAGCGACUGUAAUGACUCCGCAAAAGCCUUUGAUCAACAUGCAGAAUGUGCCAUCCGUCAGUGUGCGCAUGGCGGAGAGGAGCCAUUCAGACAUGAAGAACAUGGCCAAGCUUUCCUUGAUGAUUCAGCUUCUGAUCGGCAUUUGCCCUACAAAUGUAAAGACUGCGGCAAAGCCUUUAAAUACCGCUCCAUCCUCUCCCAACACCGCAUCAUUCAUACUGCUGCAAGGCCCUACCAAUGUCAGGAGUGUGGCAAAGCCUUCAAGAGAAGUAGGAACCUCACACAACACCAGAUGACUCAUAAGAGGGAGAAACCCUACAAAUGUGAAGACUGUGGCAAAGCCUUCACUACACAUUCCGUACUUACUCAACACCAAAUCAGUCACACGGGAGAGAAACCCUACAAAUGUAAAGACUGUGGCAGAUCCUUUAAAUAUAAUUCAACCCUCACUCAGCAUGAAGUCAUUCAUACUGAAGCCAAACCCUACAGAUGUCAGGAAUGUGGCAAAGCCUUCAAGAGAAGCCACACCCUUAGUCAACAUCAGAUAAUUCAUAAAGGAGAGAAGCCGUACCAGUGUAAGGAAUGUGGCAAGACCUUUAGUAAACAUUCAUCUCUUACCCAACACCAGGUCAUUCACACUGGUGAGAAACCCUAUAAAUGUAAAGAAUGUGGGAAAGCCUUCAGAUAUCAGUCAACCCUGACUCGACACCAAAUUGUUCAUACCGGGGCAAAGCCCUACAAAUGUCAGGAAUGUGGCAAAGCCUUCAAUAAUAGCUCGACUCUCAGUCGACACCAGAUAAUCCACACGGGAGAGAAACCCUACAAAUGUCAAGAGUGUGGCAAAGCCUUUUACUGUUCCUCAUUUUUGAUCCAGCAUAUGAAAAUUCAUUUUGAAGAGAUGCCUUAUAGAUGCAAAGAGUGUGGUAAACCCUUUAGGCUUUCCUCGCAGCUGAUUCGACACCAGAGAAUCCAUACUGGAGAGGAACCUUAUCUAUGUAAAGAGUGUGGCAAAACCUUCAAAUACCACUCAAACCUGACUCGACACCAAAUCCUUCACACUGGAGCAAAACCCUACAAAUGCCAGGAAUGUGGCAAAGCCUUCAAUAAUAGCUCCACACUUAAUCGACACCAGAUAAUCCACACAGGAGAGAAGUCCUACAAAUGUCAAGAGUGUGGCAAAGCCUUUUACUGUUCCUCAUACUUGAUCCAGCAUAUGAAAAUCCAUUUCGAAGAGAUUCCCUAUAGAUGCAAAGAGUGUGGUAAACCCUUCAAAUGUUCUUCGCAGCUGAUUCGACACCAGAGGAUUCAUAGUGGAGAGAAACCCUACAUAUGUAAGGAGUGUGGCAAAGCCUUCAACUGUACUUCGUACCUUACUAAGCAUCAGAGAAUCCAUACUGGAGAGAAACCCUACGUGUGUAAGGAGUGCGGCAAAGCCUUCAAUUGCUCGUCCUAUCUUUCUAAACACCAGAGAAUUCAUGUUGGCGACAGACUGUAUAAAUGUAGGGAAUGUGGCAAAGCCUAUUACUUUUCUUCACAGCUUAACCGACAUCAGAGAAUCCAUACGGGAGAGAAACCCUACAUAUGUAAGGAGUGUGGCAAAGCCUUCAACUGUUCCUCCUAUCUCAAUAAGCAUCAGAGAGUUCAUGUUGUAGAAAAGCCCUAUGUGUGUAAGGAGUGUGGCAAAGCUUUUAACUGUUCUGCAUACCUUACUAAGCACCAGAGGAUUCAUUCUGGAGAUAGGUUUUACAAAUGUAAAGAGUGUGGCAAAGCCUAUGACUUUUCCUUCCAGCUUAAUCGGCACCAGAGGAUUCAUACCCAAGAGAAAUCCUAUCGCUGUAAGGAGUGCAGCAAAGCCUUUAUUACUUCUUCCAGCCUGGACCGGCACCAGGAAACUCAUAUGUUAGCGAAACCCAGCAGUGUAUAGAAUUUGGCGAAGCCUCAAUAGUAAGAAUUUGUCACUAGAUGUUUCAUAAAGGGGAAAGAUGAUAUAUAUGCAUAUAUGUAUAUGCAGUUCAGGACUUGAAUAACUGCUGGGUCUCCAGCUCACACCGAAAGUCUCAUACGUAAGGGAGACACUCCAAGCGUGAGGAGUGCCGAAACCUGUAGCAUGUGUGUAGCGGUUACUCCAUGCUAAACAGUCCACAGUGGAGAGCAGCUUACAGAUGCGAUAAUAUGGCCUGGCCUUGGGUCUCAGCAGAACACUCAUAUCGGAAAGAGCGCUGUCCUGUGUGUAGCCCUCAGAGGAGUCUAGUGCUGUCCCAGAAAUCCCUUCAUUAAAUAAAAAUAUUAACAACGCUUUCUCUAAUA